UGAGUCGUCUGGGCACCCGUAGUUGGGAACCGUGGAACACUGGUCCCCGGGAAGGAGGGAGGUGUCCGUGCUCCGAGGCUCUGGUGGGCCUCGCUGCAGGCCGGGCCCUGACUUGCCUCGCGUGGGGAAGGCGACCCUGAGCCGGACGCAGGGGUGACCGGCGGAGCGGCUGGCCCAGUCAUGGCAGACUACUGGAAGUCACAACCAAAGAAAUUCUGUGAUUACUGCAAGUGCUGGAUAGCGGACAAUAGGCCUAGUGUUGAAUUUCAUGAAAGAGGAAAGAAUCAUAAGGAAAAUGUGGCAAAGAGAAUCAGUGAGAUUAAACAGAAAAGCCUGGAUAAGGCAAAGGAAGAAGAAAAGGCAUCAAAGGAGUUCGCUGCUAUGGAGGCAGCUGCCCUGAAAGCAUACCAAGAGGAUUUGAAAAGGCUUGGCUUGGAGUCAGAAAUUCCAGAGCCAAGCAUAUCACCAGUAACCAGCACUGGCCCACCCACCUCUACAUCAAAUCGGCAGAAAGAAAAGAAGAAAAAGAAAAAAGACCCUUCAAAGGGCAGAUGGGUAGAAGGCAUAACCUCUGAGGGUUACCACUACUAUUAUGAUCUUAUCACAGGAGCAUCUCAGUGGGAGAAGCCUGAAGGAUUUCAAGGAAACUUAAAAAAGACAGCAGUGAAGACUGUUUGGGUAGAAGGUUUAAGUGAAGAUGGUUAUACCUAUUAUUAUAAUACAGAAACAGGAGAAUCCAGAUGGGAAAAACCUGAUGAUUUUAUUCCACACUCUGGCGAUCUGCUUUCUAGUAAAGUCAAUGAGAAGUCACUUGGCACCCUAGAGGAGUCCAAAUCAUCAGAUUCACAUAGUGAUUCUGAUGGGGAACAGGAAGCAGAAAAAAAGGAGGUCCCUACAGAAACACAAAAACUGAAAAUAAAGUUUAAGGAAAAAAAUAAAAAUAGUGAUAAAAGAACUGAACCAGAAACACAGAAAGAAAAAUAUGCCCAAGGGCAGAAUUCAUCAGGUCCAAAUGAAGAAAAAUCCAAAUCUCAUAAAAAGUCAAACCCAUAUGGAGAAUGGCAAGAAAUUAAACAAGAAGUUGAGUCCCAUGAGGAGGUCGAUUUGGAACUUCCAAGCACUGAAAAUGAGUGUGUAUCAACUUCAGAAGCUGAUGUUGGUGGGGAACCCAAAGUGGUUUUUAAAGAAAAAACAGUCACUUCUCUUGGAGUUGUGGCAGACGGAGUGGCCCCUGUCUUCAAAAAGAGAAGAACUGAAAAUGGAAAAUCUAGAAAUUUAAGGCAACGAGGUGAUGAUCAAUGAUUGUAAAAAAAGUCUUUUGUGUGUGCUUUUUGGAGAGAAUGGAGACUAUACAUCUUAAAAGCUCCUCUGUAUUUGUUUUUAAGUACUUAAAUGCUAAAAAUUCUAAAUAUAUUUUAUGUGAAUUUAAAAUAAAUCUUUUUUCAUGUAAAAUUGAUUUUUGUUCCUAAAAUGGAAGCCUACCACAUUGCAUUGUAAUACAGUGUAUUAUUAUGUUCAGUGUCUAAACAUUGCUAAUUAUGUCAUAAUAUAAGAUGCUAUGUAUCUGUUAUUUAAAACCUGGAAAAGUAAGGUUUUUAUUCUAUCCUUACUCAUAUGAACGUACCUGUACUGCACUGAAAAUGCAUUACUUUUGUACACUGAUGUUAAUAGUUAUCCAAGAAAGAAGAAUUAGCCCACGGAGGGGCAGAUUCACAGCCCAAGAUGAUUCAUUUCUGAGGAUCCUGUCAGAAGGCUAAUGUAGAAAAUGAUGCACAUUGGCUUAACUUCACGCAGUGUGAGGUCCAGGGCCGAGAGCCGGGCCUGCAGCUCAGGUAGUGCUUAAUAUGGAGCGAAAAUUGGACCAAAGGUAGAGAGCUGUACUUACCUAAUUCAUUGCAAAGCAACAGCCAUUACUUAAGCAAUUUUACUUUGAGCCAGGCAUCAUGCUAGGAACGAGGGAUGUAAAGAUGAACAAGACAUAUCCCCGUUCUUCAUGACUUCUCAUUCUGAUGGAGUCCUUUUUCCCCUAGUCAUGCACUGUGUAUAGUGGCCUUGUAUGUGCUGGAGAAUAUUUUUUAGGGUUUAUUUAAAACUGUAGGUGAAGGCGUGAACAAAAACAGUAAGGUCUCUGGCUUCUAACAGGUUUUAGUGUUCCCCUAGACAACUGGAAAUGUCUCAUUUUCUGGUUAAAUUAAAUAAAGUGGAAUUUUCCUAUUUAAUCCAUUUCAAGUAGGUACCUUCCCAUUAUUAUUCCAAAUUCUUAAAAUUCUAUUUUUUAUAAAUUGUACAGUAGUUAACAUUUGGUAGUAAAUACUUGUCUUUUUAAGGUUACUAGUGUACAUGUAAGAAAAUGAUAGCUUAUUAAAAACUUUAUGAAAAAAUACUGGGUUUUUUUUUUCCCUUCUAAUACUGAUCAGAGUCAGCUUAGCAUUGGUGAGACAGUAUUUGGAGACUGUAUGUGUUCGGUUUAGUUAUUUGGGUGUUUCGUGAAUGUGUAGCGUUGUGGAGAAGCAUUUUACAUUCUCGAAGCCCAUUUGUCAUCUCGCUAAGCAGUGCAUUUUGGUGCUUGACUCUCCUCAGUUGGAAAAGAUAAUAAGACUGUAAAUGGAAUGCUGCUAUAUUUCACCCACGUGUUUAUCUCAUACAAAAUACACAAUUGAAGACAUUUUUAAAACCACACCUCAUUAUAUAAAAUGUUUCUCUUUGAUACAGUCUCUAAACUGUCUCCAUUACCUUUGUAAGAAGACACUAUUCUCAGAAGUUUAAGAUAAGUCUUAAACUGAAACUGGUUUUAAAGAUCGCUCAGAAGACUCUUCACAAACACAAAAAUUUUAGUAAAUCAAAUUGUGAAAAAUAAUACUUUUCUAUUUGCUUUGAAACAGUAAGCAGAGAAUAUACCAGCUUUAACUUACCUGGAUUUUUGCAGAAAUUAAAUAUUUGAUAUCAUUUCUGUUACCUAGUAUAUUAUUUUGCAUAUUUUUAUAUAUGUAUAGGUGGGAGAUUAUAAAAUUAAUAUAAAAAUCCAAAUAAUAGAGAAAUAAGUAUUUUCUAAAAGUCCCAAUAGUCUCUGACCCCUCCCCCAUGACCACUGCAGGUUUUUUCCCCUAAGCACAUUAACAAUGGGUGUAUGUGGAUAACCCUUUUGACACCUAGAUUCAUCAAGUCCACUCUCUGGAUGAAAUCAUAUUCAAAAAAGCAAACAGUCAAAAGUAGUUUUGUUUUUUAAUGUGGUUUUUAUAAAUUAUGAAAACUGUGGGGCAAACAGAUUUUUAAGUAUUGAAAAAUAUUAAUAAUAAUCAAAAUAGUAUGGUACUUGCUUACACAGGCACGUCAUAUGUAAAGUAGAGUUUGUUUCUGGUUGUCUGUUGUUGUACUGGUACCACACUGUUUCAAUAUUGUGUUUCAUAGUGUGCUUUAACAUCUGGUAAAGCGGAUAUCCCCAUACUACUUUUCUGUUUCAGAAUACUCAUAUCCAUUCAUUAUUUCAAGUAACAUUUUGUCAAGUUGCUACCUCUGCCUUCACCCCAAAAAAAAUCUGUUAAUCUGUA